CAGAGUCGUACUUGUUUGUCAUUUUUUUGUUUCAAUUUCACAUUUCCUCUCAAAUCACCAUUUUCUCGGAGGAUUUUCAGUUCUAUGGAUUUUCCUUUUCUUUUCCACGGAACACGAUGAUGACCUUCUUCUCUAUGAAAUAAGUAGCUCGUUUGUUCGAUUCUGUUUCCUCUUUCCCUUUUGUUCUUUACGGGUCAAGGCUUCAAUGGAUACAGCGGCAACUCAUAGGCAAACGGAGAUUAAUUGGGACAAGCUCAAUAAAACUAAAUUCUACGUUGUUGGGGCUGGAAUUUUUUCGGGAGUUACAGUGGCACUUUACCCGAUCUCAGUCGUGAAGACCCGAAUGCAAGUUGCGUCACACGGCUCCGUGGAAAGAAAUGCGAUUUCUGUUAUCAGAGGCCUGCUCAAAACAGAUGGGAUUGCCGGUUUCUAUAGAGGUUUUGGGACUGUGGUCACGGGAGCUAUACCCACUCGAGUCAUAUUUCUCACCACAUUAGAGACAACAAAAGUGGCUGCUUUCAAAAUGGUCGAGCCUUUCAAAUUGUCUGAACCCACGAAGGCGGCUAUAGCCAACGGGUUUGCCGGCAUGAUGGCUUCUCUCUGUACCCAAUCUGUGUUUGUUCCAGUUGACGUGGUUAGUCAGAGAUUAAUGGUGCAAGGGUAUUCAGGCCAUGCGGCCUACAAUGGGGGUCUGGAUGUCGUGCGUAAGGUCAUAAAGUCUGAUGGAAUUCGUGGAUUAUAUCGAGGAUUUGGUCUGUCUGUGAUCACUUAUUCUCCAUCGAGUGCCGUCUGGUGGGCAAGCUAUGGUGCGAGCCAACGCUUCAUCUGGAGACACUUGGAUGAUGGCAUUGCAGCUCCAAACAAGCGCAACAUUGUUUUGGUCCAAGCUGCCGGAGGCAUUAUUGCUGGUGCCACUGCAUCAUGUAUAACAACUCCACUGGACACAAUUAAAACACGUUUGCAAGUAAUGGGUCAUGAAACAAGACCAAGUGCAAGGCAAGUAGUUAAGGAUUUGAUUGCUGAAGAUGGGUGGACUGGAUUUUAUCGAGGUCUUGGCCCUAGAUUUUUCAGUAUGUCAGCUUGGGGAACCUCAAUGAUUCUGGCGUAUGAAUAUCUAAAGCGCUUGUGUGCAAAUGAUGAAUAGGCUAGCCAAGCUAAUAUGAGCCGGAUCCCAUGAACCCCAAAUACCAAGUAUCUUUCCAAGGGACACAGGUUUGUUUUGUUUAGGUUUGUGACAAUACAGAGAUACAUGUUUGGUAGUAUUAUUUGAUCAUUCACCAAAAAUACUGAAAACACUUGGUGACGUAAUUUUUUACUAGUGGGAUAAUCAAAUUCUUUUGUAAUUCUUGUGUAUCAAUAAUGUAACAUUUGUACUCGUGAUCAAAGAUUUGUAAAAUAUAAUUCUAGAUUAUGUAUUCUGCACUAGUAUCGUUAUUCAUG